CACCCAGAGUAGUGUUGGAAAUCACUCAAAUGUAUAUGUUCUAAUUGGUGCGCUCACAUAUGUACAUAUAAACUAAUAAAUUGGCCAUCACACAAUAUAGAAAAUGGAAGAAAACGAGACCCGGUCGGAGGCCAGGGAACCCACGGACCUGACCAAUGGUGAGGAUGACGCGACCAGCCAGCACAAACUCAGUCACCUGCAGAAUGAGAUGCGCAAAAUGCAAAACGAGUUCAACACGCAGCGGGCGAAGAUGCGGGAGCUGUACAUCCAGAAGGAGGCGGAGGUCAGCCAGAGCCAGCAGGAGCGACGGCAGUUGCAGGCGGAGCUGGACGAGCUGAAGACACACCUAAUGGUGGCGGACCUUAAGUCGCAGAACGAGCUGCAGCUGAGGGACCUCAAGGCGCAGGAGGAGAUCUCCUCGCUGCAGCAGCUGGUGCAGGACACCAUCGAGGAGUCCGCGCACUACAAAGGCGAGGUGGAACGACUCAGGCUAGAGAUGGGCAAGUACCAGCAGAUUCAUCAGCAGACGAUGGCUCAACAACCGCAGGCCGAGUCAUCUGGCGGAAUAGCGCCGCAGGUGCUUAAUCAGGUCAAGAAGACACUAGGUUCUGUGCGUAAACUGGGCACCGACUCCCUGAACAGCAGCUUUCAGCAGGACGAGGACACCCGGGCAUCGAGCAAGGGCAAUGGCAAGCAAUACGCCCCCGAGGAGGCGGAGAUGAUGCACUCAAUCGUCGAGCAGCUUCAGGAGGAGAUGAAGGCACUGAAAGUGAAGCUGCGAGAACAGGACGAGCAACUGCAGGCCAAGUCGGCGUCCGAUGAAUCCGCCCUGCACAAGUCCACGUCCAUGGACGUUGCCGAGAGCGCCUGCGAGUCGUGCAGCUUGGCAGAAAAGAAGACCGAAGAGCUGGGUGCCCAUAUAAACAAACAGCAGAAACAGGUGGAUCUGCUGCAAAAGCAGCUGGUGGAGUCCCGGGAGACACUGGUUAAGGAGGCGGCGUUGCGUAAGGAUCUGGAGGACCAGUGGCAAGAAAAGCGGGAGGCCCACAAAAGCGAAGUACAAAGCCUGCGUGACCAGGCCAAAACCAACGAGCAGCGACUGCUGGAUAUGCAGCAGAAGUUUCUCGAGACCAAGGACGAGGUCAUAAAGCAGAUUCAGCGCGUCUCUGACGACCGAGAGCGGGUCAACAAGCAACUGGAGACGCUGCAGGCGGACAACGACUUUCUGUCCGGUCGCUAUUUGGCAACGUCCGAGGAGAUCGACAACCAAUAUAUCAAUCUGCCCAACACGGUCGUCGAGCUCCAGGAGCUGAUACUGCGACAGCAAAGCGAGCUGAUCCAAGCGCGCGUCAGCAGCGAAUACGAGCGACAGAAGUGCACCAGCACUGAAGAUGAGAUUCAGAUCUUGCGGGCCCAGCUGGAGGAGAGCAACAACGAACGGCGGGCCUACAAGCGCAAAAUGCAACUAGAUAUUAAGUCACUGCAGGAUCGGGUGACGGAACACUUGGUCACGGUACAAGCGUACGAGACUACCAAAACCCAACUGGAGCGCAAAGAGGCUGAGCUGAACAAGCAGCUCUCCGAGUGUCGCGUGGAGAUCAUUGAGCUGCAAGAGGCCAAUGAAAAGUACGCCAAAACAAAUGCGGACUACAAGACGAAGAUAAAAACGCUACAGGAGGAACUGUCCACCAUGGAGACUGUUCAAAAGGACUUUGUCAAACUAUCUCAAACGCUUCAGAUGUCGUUGGAGGAGCUGCGGCAUGCCGACACGGAGGUGCGCUGGCAGGACGACGACGAUGUGAACAACUGUCCCACGUGCAAUUCCUACUUCACGGUCAUGGUGCGCAAGAUCCAUUGCCGGCACUGCGGCCACAUCUACUGCGAUAAGUGUCUAACGAAAACGGUGCCAUCUGGACCACGGAAGCGAGUGGCCCGAGUCUGUGAUAUCUGUCACACGCUGCUCACGCCAAACACCGCACCCUACUUCAGUCAGGGACAGCCGCCGCAGCAGCAGCAAGGCCAGCAGCAGCAGCAGUCCAACUAGGCGUUUGGGCUCCAAGCCCAAGUGAUUGUGUAUUAUGUGUGAAGUACGAUUACGAUUAGUUGGUAUCUCCUUGAACUCUAUUGCUCUGUUUCUGUGCUCCGAUACUACGAUUACGAUCCGAGGUCAAACCUUUCCAAUGCCGCACUGCGUCGCGCGUGUCAUUUCCACUUUCCAAUUGCCAAUUUCUGUUUCCGAUUUUGCUGUUCCAUUAUUUGGCCCUAUACAUAACGUAAGCGAUGAGUUGUCUAUGUUAGCUUUUGUCGUAGGUAAGUUUUCGUAACUGAAUUUAACUCAAAGCAAAUAUACAAAUUAAAAACAAA